GUCAUCCUGCAGUCCAGCGAGCGCCAUCCGACUCAUGCAGCCCAAACUCAUUAGUAUACAGGAGAAAAAAAAUCUCGCGCAUGCCAGAUACCCUUAGUAUAUAUCAGCAGGCGGCCUAUUGGUACUAUUACUUACUGUUCACGCACGACGUGACACACGCCAUACGUCGCUCUUUCCUUCUUCCCUACCGCGCAACACUACACCAUGUGUGGCGUCACGGCCCUGUUGUUGGGCGACACUUCGGCCAGCACGGCUGCCAUUGAUCUUCACAACAGUCUUUACUUCUUACAACAUCGAGGGCAAGACGCAGCGGGUAUCACAUCAAAUCAAGGAGGACGUCUGUACCAAUGUAAAGGAAACGGACUCGUCGCCAAAGUCUUUGACGAGGGCAAGCGCAUACAGAACCUGCCUGGGUCCUCCGCCAUUGCGCACCUGCGCUAUCCUACCGCUGGCACGUCGUCGGCAUCAGAAGCCCAGCCCUUUUACGUGAACAGCCCCUUUGGCUUGUCGCUGGCGUGCAACGGCAACCUCGUCAACAACGAGGAGCUGCAAAAGUACCUCGACCUCGAGGCCCGCCGACACAUCAACACAGACUCGGACUCUGAGCUCUUGCUCAACGUCUUCGCCCACGCGCUCGGCGAGCUUGGCAAGGCGCGCGCCAACGUCGAGGAUGUCUUCAAAUCGCUCCAGGACGUCUACGCCCGCUGCAACGGCGCCUUUGCCUGCACCGCCCUCAUCGCCGGCUUUGGCAUCCUCGGCUUCCGGGACCAGAACGGCAUCCGCCCCCUGAUGAUUGGCGAGCGACCCUCGGAGACCAAGGCCGGCGCCAAGGACUACAUGAUGGCCUCCGAGUCCAUCGCGCUGCAGCAGCUUGGGUUCAAGAACAUUCGGGACAUUCUCCCCGGCGAGGCCGUCUUCAUCGAGAAGGGGGGACAUCCUCAGUUUCGCCAGAUUGUGAAACCCGUGUCGUCUCCUACCAGAGGUGUGAUGAACCCCCGAAGAGAAAAGUGGCUGACCCCACCCCCUAGCUUCGAGUUUGUCUACUUUGCCAGGCCCGACUCGACCAUUGACGGCAUCUCCGUCUACAAGAGCCGGCGGUUCAUGGGCUCCAAGCUGGCCAAGCGGAUGAAGGAGACCAUGAAGGACCUCGUGGACGAGAUUGACGUGGUCAUCCCCGUCCCCGAGACGAGCAACACGGCCGCCGUCGACAUGGCCACCGAGCUCGGCAAGCCGUGCUCCAACGCGUUUGUCAAGAACCGCUACGUUUUCCGCACCUUCAUCCUGCCCAACCAAAAGGCCCGCAUGAGCGGCGUCCGCCGCAAGCUGUCGCCCAUUCAGUCCGAGUUCAAGGGCAAGGUCGUCUGCCUGCUUGACGACUCCAUCGUCCGCGGCACCACCUCCAAGGAGAUUGUCCAGAUGGCCCGCGAGGCCGGCGCCACAAAGGUCAUCUUCGCCUCGUGCUCGCCCGCUGUCAAGCACCCGCACGUCUACGGCAUCGACCUCGCCGACCCCAAGGAGCUCAUUGCCCACUCGCGCACCGACGACGAAAUUGCCCACAUCAUCGGCGCCGACCGCGUCAUCUACCUCGACCUCGCCCAGUGUGUCGAGGCCUGCCUCGAGGCCCGCGUCGAGCCCGUCGUUGGCGGCAUGGACAUCACCGCCUUUGAGGUCGGCGUCUUCAACGGCCAGUACCGCACCGCCAUCCCGGACGGCUACUUUGACCACCUGAGCUGUCUGCACGGUAAGAAGAAGAGCAAGAAGCUGCAGGAGGAGGGGGUGGGCGGCGGCAGCGACGCCCAGACACAACCCGUGGCGGCGGUCGUCAACGGUGGCCCCAUGAACGUGUCCGCACCGCCGGAGACGCACAAGACGCCAGGGGAGAAGAGCGACAUUAGCCUGCAUAAUUUUGGAGAUGAGAAGUAG